AUGGGCCCCCUUUGCUUGCCCUCCAACGGCUGUACAUUUCAAGACAUCAUCUUGGAGGCCCGCUAUGGCUCCCAGCACCGCAAACAGCGUCGCAGCCGCACGGCCUUCACUGCCCAGCAGCUGGAGGCCCUGGAGAAGACCUUCCAGAAGACCCACUACCCAGAUGUGGUGAUGCGUGAGCGGCUGGCCAUGUGCACCAACCUGCCUGAGGCCCGCGUGCAGGUGUGGUUCAAGAACCGCAGGGCCAAGUUCCGGAAGAAGCAGCGCAGCCUGCAGAAAGAGCAGCUGCAGAAGCAGAAGGAGGCCGAGGGUUCCCAUGUGGAAGGCAAGGCUGAGGCCCCCACCCCGGACACCCAGCUGGAGACCGAGCAGCCCCCCGGCCUACCGAGUGGCAACCCACCCGCAGAGCUUCACCCUAGCCUGUCCGAACAGUCAGCCAGUGAGUCAGCCCCUGAGGACCUGCCCGACCGAGAGGAGGAGCCCCGGGCAGCGGCUGAGGAUCCCAAAACUGAGAAGAGCCCUGGGGCGGAGAGCAAGGGGCUGGGCUGCAAGAGAGGCAGCCCCAAGGCAGACUCCCCAGGCAGCCUGGCCAUCGCUCCUGCAGCCCCUGGGGGCGGCCUGCUGGGCCCCUCCCACUCCUACUCCUCGUCCCCACUGAGCCUCUUCCGCCUGCAGGAGCAAUUCCGCCAGCACAUGGCAGCCACCAACAACCUGGUACACUACUCAUCCUUCGAAGUGGGGGGCCCGGCCCCAGCCGCUGCUGCUGCCGCUGCCGCCGCCGCAGUGCCCUACCUGGGCGUCAACAUGGCCCCACUGGGUUCCCUCCACUGCCAGUCCUACUACCAGUCCCUUUCGGCUGCUGCCGCGGCCCACCAGGGGGUGUGGGGCUCCCCACUGCUGCCCGCACCCCCUGCAGGCCUGGCUCCCGCCUCGGCCGCCCUGAACAGUAAAACCACGAGCAUCGAGAACCUGCGGCUUCGGGCCAAGCAGCACGCUGCCUCCCUGGGACUUGAUACACUGCCCAACUGA